AUGGAGCGCAUGUAUAAAGCGUUCCGGACGACGGUCACAGCGCCUCAAUCGAUAAAUCUGUUCAGGCCAAGUAGGACCACAAUAGGUCGUGUCCUGAACAUGGCCACAGUGGGCGACGCGUGUGGAGGAGGCGCCGAGGCGCGGGUACUUGACAACAUAGUACACUAUGCGUCGGCGGAUCUGUCGAUGGUGCUCAUGGCGAAGUUCGACGCAGGACGCAUCGACUACUUGCGCCAAGCUGAGGAGCUUGCGCACUUUUCUCAAGCAGUCGAGGUCGACAGUUGUGCCGGCAAGUCACUAGGUCGCGAGGUCGUCGCAAAUGACUCGACACAGCGCAAGGAAACGCGCACGUGCCACAACUGCAAGAAGCAGGGUCAUUUGAGGAAGGACUGA